UCACCUUUAAAAAAAAAAUGGAAAUCCAUUUGAGAAUGCAACGCAAUAGCUGCAAGUUAUUUGCCCUCAUCUUCCUGCUAUUGAAUCUCAAUAAUCAUAUGGCAUAUGGACGGCCUGAUGUACGGCAAUCGCCAUUUGCAUUAGAAUUGCAACCACCUUUGGUCGAUACACCAGACCAGACCGCUGACUUCAAUGAGCGAGCUGUCGAUAGCUAUGGCAAUCCGAUUGAUUCCCUUCAUCCCAUCGAUACGCCCGAUGGCCGUAAAGUAGUCAGUGCACAGGGUUUACAAUUCGAGAUACCCACCUAUGCAUCGGGCAUAACAGAGAUACGAAAGCCGGCGGAUGAUUUGUUGCCGCCGCAUAUUGGUGAGUUCUUCACAGCACAGCAUAGAACGAGAGGAGCGGCGAGUGGAGCAGCAGACGGCGGUGUCAGCAACAAUAAGAACACAAAGAACAAGAACAGCAGCAGCACCACCAACAACAAUACAAAUACCACUACGAACACAAAAAGCAAUCACAAAAAAGCCAAUGCAAAUGCACCACUCACUCGCACUCGCACUCGCACCACUAGCAUUAGCAUUAGUCCAAGCAGCAUUGUAUCCAAUCACAUUAAACGCCAAAUAACCAACCAAACGCAUCUAACUACUAGCACCCCACUCCCCCAGCCUAGAAAUCAAAAAUUUCCCAUUGCACCACCAAGUCCUGAGCACGCAGCACCCCCCUUUUCCCUGCUCACAUUGAAUCCGGUUUUUAGAAUUAAACCCAGUCCCCGCGUUAUCCCAAAGAUGCCUUCAAAUCUUUGUCCAUUUGAAGCGAAAUACUCAACUCAAACACAUCCCUCUCAAUUAGAUGCCAUAGCCGUGGAUGAUACGCCUCGCAUGUCCAGCACGUCCAACAUCAGCGACAUCAACACCUCCACCACUUAUUCGACGAGUUCAUUUGCACCACCAACACUUGCCAUUUCACUAACACCACCACACCAAACCACAUCGACUGAGGUGGAAGUGGAACAGGCUCAUUUAGUGCCCUUACCAGAGCAGCAGCAGCAGCAGCAGCAGCAGCAGCAGCACCACCACCACCAACAACAACAACAGCGUCAGGAGAGUGUCCAUGCACCACAAUUGGCAAGUGGCACUCUGCCCGACUACAUACGUGAGUUACAGCUGCAAGAUGCCAACAUAGGUGGACCAGUCGCGUGGACUCCAGCUACGGAUGGAGCACAGAAACCACUUAGUGUUAUUGCCUGGGACCUCUUGCCGCCAUUUGAAACGGAAACCGAGCAUGAGACCGAACCACAAAUCAUAACCGCGCAGCAGCCAAACAAAUAUGUUCAGGGUAUUCAGGAUCCCAUCACUCAUAAUAUUCAACUAAGUUUGAGUAGUGGCGGAAAUGGCCUAAAUCCGGUGGAUGCAUCACCCAUCACAGAGGGUCGCGUUGAAGUGGUAACUGUUGGUGAACGUCAACGUCCAGAAGGACCACCAAGUGCCCAUGGCACCAAUGCACAUGUGGGUAGCACCACUACGCCUAGAAAUCCAGGAAGGUUCCCAAAUCGCCAGAGGGGAACAGCUCACUAUAGCACCACGAAAUUAACCACAACGACAAGAAGGCCAACAACAUCAACUACAACUUUAUCAACUACAACUUUAUCAACUACAACUUUGUCAACUACAACUUCACGUCGACCAACCACCACUCAAGCACCAAGAAGUACUACUCCAUUGGAUCCUGCCUCCAUAUAUAAGCUAGAGAAGGGCGAAGAGGAAUAUGCUUAUACUUUGCCGCCUUGGCUACAGGAAGUAACCGAUUCGGAUCUCGAUGUAGCAGUCACUUUUAUAGUGCCAACCGAUAAUGAUCAAUAUAAUCAUACGUUGGCCAAUGAUUUAGAGCCACCAUUUGAGCCAUUUGUUGAUCUAAACAAUGUCCAAUUGACGCCCCCACCGACCACAGCGGGCACCACGACAACGACCACAACGCCAAGAACCACUACCACAGCUACGACGACAACAUCCACUUCACCUAAACCAGUCACGCAUAGCACCAUAACUAGCACCACAAGCACAGCAAGACCAAGAACCACUCAAAAACCGCAAAUUAAACCAAUUACAACUACUCUCGCAGCUCCUGAUAAAAAACCAGAAGAUGCUGAUCUUACCAAUCCCUUCGAUUCGGCAACAAUACCAACAUGGUUGCGUGACUUUGAUUAUCCCGAUGUUGGACCCGGUGUACCCUUCAACCCGGAUAAUUUUAAGGAUCCACCAGCUGGACAAGGAAUUGGAGUCGGAGUGAGCGGAGGUAGUAAACCGAAUGAUUUUAAGCCACAAGGUUUCACUGCAUCAACAGGAACUUCUGCAAAUAUCCCAGUCACAUCCAAAAUAACCACUUCCACACCGAAACCCUUUCCAAUCCCAACGACUUUAGCCGUAUCCUCUGCUUUUCCAUCAAAAGUAACGCUUACGCUUCCAGAACUCAAUCAGCAGCAAGGCCCAGGCGAUGAGGAUACAAAUACCGUAGAGCCCCCAUCGGUGCUCAUACCGCCCUUAUCCCAGCCAUUGGCCGAUGAAACUGUCUCCUCCAGUCUGCCAGUUGAUUACAAUCCAAGUACAAACUCUAUCAUCAAUUUUGCAGCACGUUUCGAUACAGCAGUAAGCCACCAACCCACUGAACCGCCACGACCAGCCACCGAUGAAUCCUUCCCACCAUUCAAUACAGGCAACGCCGACACAAAUCACAAAGUGGAGUACACUAAGAGCGAUGAGGGCAAGGUCAUAAGUACGCCAGUCAUUAGUAAUCAGCGUAAGGAAACUCCUGCUCCUGCUCCAGCAGCUCAGCCAGCUGUCAAUCCGGGCAAAUAUACUGGAGGAUUUGGUGCCCCGGCGGGACUACUCCGGCCCCAGGUAGCCUCCAAACCUGAUAUUUAUGUGGCUGGUGAUCAGCAUGAGUUUAGUAACAAUGUCAAGGGCACCAAGGCUCGUCCCACUUCGAAUCCUGGUCGUUAUAAUGGAGGUUUUGGAGCACCAUCGGGCGUACUAUCACCCCACUCGUCGGAGCCCCCGAGACCCUUCCAGCCGCAACAGCGUCAACAUCAGCCCGAACUGGUUUCCGCUGCUUCCAGUCACUCGACGACAUCUCGAUUCGGCGGACCACCCGGCAUUCUGGUGCCCUUCGACAAUGUCCAACGCUCCGAAGGCCAAUAAUAAUAGUCAGAGGAAGAGAGAUGAUGGGGUGAAAAAAUCGACCCACAUACUUUAAAUUAUUUAUAAUGUUCUUAUGUUAAUAAUUUUAUAAGUUGUCAUCGUGUCACGAUCGUUGUACUUAGUAACAAUGUGUAAACGAAUUUCACUCAAAUAAUAUUUGUAAAAAUUAAAAAUCAUAUACUAAAA